AUUAUUACCAAUUAAAUUCAACACUAAAAUAAUAUUUUCUUUAUUUCUAUGAACGAAUUUGUAAUCCAUAAAUGGUGACACAGUAUUUAUUAAUAACUUAUUCACGGAUAUUAAAGAAUUAAAUAAAUCGAAAAUAAAUAUUUAAAAACACCACAAAUAUGCUAAAACGGCAUAUAUUAUUUAAUUAGAGGAAACCCUUCGAAAAGUUUUGCUUACAAUUAGAAAUUCGGUAAUAAGGAGUAAUCAAAUUGAGGACGGAAAUGCUUAUUAAAGAAGAGAUACUAUCUAACACCAUGUAACACCUGGGGACAUGAUGAUUAUUGUAAUUUUAAUUAGUUUCAUUUUCGGGUGGCGAAAAAUUACCUUUAACAAUACCGCGAUAAUUGGUAGUAUCUCUUCAAUGAUAGCGCAUGUAUAAAACUUCACGACACAAUAUUCUCACAUUAUUUACAGAAAAUACUGGCACGUUGAGUUAUUUACGCACAUGAGUGUUAUUUUAUUGUCGGGUUAUUGUCAGAUCUUUUAUUAGAUACGGUUAUUAGAUAGAAGCUCGUUUCAGGGGAAGCAUGGAUAUUUUAGUGUGUAGGGCUUAAGUAUGCUCAGAGAGAUGAUAGAAAUAUCAUUAUAUUUACAUUCGUGAUUUGAGACUACCGUACCUAUACGUGCAUUAAGGACACUCGUACAAUAAAACUAUCUUACUGUAAAGAAGUGUAAGAGAUCAAAAGAGGAUUUUCAAUUUGUAUGAACAUGAAAUGUGAACUGGAUAAAAACUGUGAAUUAAAGAAAAAACACUUUUUGGAUUUACUUCAGUGAAUAAACAUGAUAUUAUGAUGAAAGAUAAAUGUAUAUGAAUUAUAAAAAUACAUUAGACAGCAUUAGUUUUAUGUAGAGUGUACGACGACUCAUCGUCUGCAGCCAGGGAAAUUUACGACAUUCAUUAACAAGUUGAAACGAUGGGCGGCACCUUGUCAUGCGGGGGUCAAGGUCACAGGCCAGUUGAAGACGACAAGUUGCCUUAUGGUGCUCCUGUUUCAAAACCAAUCGGAAUUGUACAACCACAAGAGAAGUUAACCCCGACAGAGGAGUUUACAGAUAUAUCCAAACCAAUUCCAUUGAUCAUCAACUACAACAACAACAAUAACAAUGGCCUAAAGACAGUCAAGAAAGACUCGAACCAAGGUAAUGGACGCUCUUGGAAGUUCUGGAAGUCGAUGACCUUACGGAGCUCGAAGUCUGCCAAACCGAUUAAGAUGGAUUCGUCUUUGCCAAACUUGGACGGACAGCUUCCGGAUGUCGUGGAGAAAAGCGAGUUCACAAGAAGUUUGAGCUUAAGACCUCCACCUAAACCUCCACGAGCUUUUGUUCUUCGUGCCAACUCACUAAAGACACCAAAGCCAUGUCCGCCUGUCACUGUUGACGGGAAACAUGAUUUGAAUACGCAAGAAAACAUCCCACCUGUCAAAAGUUUACAAGCAGACGAAAAUACCAUUCAGAAUGCUAAAAACGGCGCGAAAGACUAUGAAAAUGUUGAUUCAGAAGGAAUCACUUUAAAUUUGCCCGAGAAACCAAAUAUUGUGCCAUUGACAAUUUCUCAAAAAUGUAGUUCCUUGCCAAAUUACACACUUGGACCGAGUGUUACGCGUAGACAGCCGACAAAGUCCUCUGGCAAAAUCAAAAUCGUCUCGCCAGAGCUAACAAGAAAAGUGCCACCAAGGCCUCGCAAAAAGUCAGCCGAGAUUACGGCUGGAGACAGACACAUUCUUAUACUUCAAAGUGCCGCUGAACUUAUCUGUCAAAAGAUUGACCCAUUUGUUGUCAUUGAAAAAUUAGCAGACGCAGGAUUGAUGGACGAAAGUGAUUUAAAUGCCUACAGAAAUCCGUACGAGAGUAGACAAUUGUGUGACACCAUUGUGCAAUCAAUUAUGGAUAGAGAUUAUGUCUCUUUCCUGAAAUUUUGUGAUAUUUUACGAAGUGUGACGGACUAUACAACUGUUGCUGCCGUUUUAGACGCCAUGAUUGCUGUUUAUGACGUCAUUUACGAAGUUCAGAUAACUAACGGUGAUACGUCACCAAUUCUCGAUGACGAGAAAACGGUUUCCUUCGACGUGGUGUACUUCAGUCUUGAAACUGGUAAAGUGCGAUCAGUUGUCGAGCUGGAAAAACUUCGAAAUUCUGAAAACAAACGCCAUUCCCGAGAUCUGUUGUCCUACAAACGAAAUUCCCGUCUUUCAUUCCAAUCUUUUCAAUCUCUUACAAGCGAAGCGUCGAGUGUAUUUAGCGAAGAUAUAAUUACCAACGGUCUUCCCAUGGUAACGGUAUCCAUUUCAGGCCAUGUUCUUUGUCUAGAAAAAGCUCGAUCUCUUGCUACGGUCAUUGAAGACCAUUACUGCAUUCUAGAAUUCCACAUUGGAAAAACUCAUCUUCGUGGAUCCGACAUGGAACAUAUCAGCAGAGCUUUGGCUCAGAAUUCGUGUAUACGUGUUUUAGAUCUGAGACUUAAUAACAUAGGAAACAGUGGGGCUGUGUACAUGGCGAAUGUUCUGUAUCAAAAUAGGACAUUAAGACAGUUAAAUCUGUCCUCAACAGGGAUAGACAGUGAAGGAUGCAAGCUUCUAGCAGAUUCGUUAAGAACGAACACCAGUUUGAUAGAUCUUGAUUUAAGUUUUCUUGACAUAGGAGAUAGUGGAUGUAUGGCUUUAAGCGGUAUGUUGAAACAAAAUCGCUGUUUGAAAAAACUGCGCCUCCGAAGCGGCAGUAUAACUUGGAUAGGAUGUGGCUUCUUGUUAGAAGGAAUUGAAAUUGGAAGAACAGUUACUGAACUCGAUUUGAGCAGAAAUUUCAUAGAUGAUACUGGAGCGGAAAUGUUUCUACGCCAUUUGAAGGACGAUUCUUGUCUAAGGGAGGUAAAUCUCGAAAACUGCGGAAUAACCUCGGCAGGGUGCUCUAUCCUUUCUGAUGUGAUCCUUACAAAUAAGUCGCUCCGGAACCUAGAUUUGAGCGUGAAUUUCAUCGGGGACCAAGGAAUUUUAAAGCUUUCCAAUGCUCUGGAUAGAAAUAAACAUAUCAAAACUUUAGGACUUAACAUGUGCGGCAUAUCAAACGAUGGAUUCUCAAAAUUGUUAGAUAUUUUAGAAGGGAACGCUACUUUAACCAUGCUUAAACUCUGUUAUAACAGAUUAGGACGGGAACACUCGAACCCGGAAGCUACGUCAGAUAACCUGAAAUACAGGGUUAGAAUUGUGACGUCAUCAAAUCCAAAACUGAAACUUUUAUUAUGGGGAAACACAUUUGAAGAAUCAAAUACUAAUGCUAUGUCACAAUUCAAAGAUUUGAACGCUACGUUAUAACAGUACGUUGUAAAGCUACUUUGUGUAUCGCUACGUCGUAACGCUACUAAUUAACGUUGCUUAUACAACGUCGCUAAAAUAACGCUCUUCGGCAGCUGUCAUUGUUCUACAGCUUCAGUUUUCAGUUAAACAUGCAUGGUUGAAUCUGAUUUUGAAAAUAUGCAACAUUUAAUGUUAUAAAAAGUACUUUGAAUACUAAUUAUGCUGGAAGAAAAAUGUGGUGAAUAUGUGCAUUAACAUUUGCUUUGAUCCUAUAAUGUAUAUUUUCUCUCUUACCUAAAUUAUCAGUAAAUGGGGAGACACAGUUAGCCUGGCACAAUAAAUUAAUGAAUACGUGGUUUUAAUAAAUUAAUGAAUACGUGAUUUUACUAAAAAUCUUAUCUUUUUAAGUAUAAUAUACAUGUAUCAUGAUUUUCAUAAUGAAUUUGUCAAUUAAUGUAUCUAUAAAAACUGUACGAAAUCUAAAAUGAGAUUAACUUGCUCCUACUUUACAAGAACAUACAUAAAUACAGUUACUUCCAAAAUUUAUAUCCUGUAUUAAAACAGUUUCUAUGAAAGAGAAAUAGAAAAAAGAAACACAAAUGAAGUUGAAACAAAUAUUAUAAGAGCUUUAUCUUGAUGCUCAACAUCUGCUGAUAUUCGAAUAUUGUAUUGAAUGCUUUGCCUUUUAUCAAACACUAAUUCGGCUGAUUGUUUGUGCUAUAAAUUAACCAUUAACCUCCUGAAUUUGUAUAAUAGAUUUGCCCUGCUUUGGAUUUGGAGCAGUCCAUUCUAAAAUUAAGGGAUUCUGGUUCCAGCACUGAGAGGGCUAAUCUUUUACUGGACAUUUGUAAAUGAACUCGUCCUGCUUUUAGCAUGGAACUGUCCAUUGUUUAUUAUGGGGGAUUUUAAUUCUAGGAAGCCCUGUCAGACUGCACGUGGUCUCCCUGUACAUUCAUGGAAUAUUCCAGUCAUUAUCAAAGAGUUCAUACUUGAUUCUUAUACUUACAUUAAUACUUAUAAUUCUAAUUAUACAAAGUUUUUAGCCGGAUUUUGAAUCUUGGUCAAAAGAGACUUUAUCUAGAGAUAUCUGUUUGUGUAUGUUUGAUAUCAUUUGAAAUUUGUUUUAUUUAUUUAUAGUUGCGUUUUAUUCCAUGUAAUAUGUUUUUUUGUAUGACAUUGUUUAUAAAACAAUAAAUGUUCAAAAAAAGAUGAAUAAACAGUUUAUACAUGAGUCAUUAUU